AUGGAACGUGUCUAAUGUCAUUUCUUUUGAGGACGAGUUGGCCGGAUGGUAAACGAAGCGAUGUCAAGCCGCUCAUUGAACGACGUCUAUUUAAAAAUGGGAGGAAUAUUUUUGAAAGUAUUAAAAAUACGCUCGUGUGCCAAAGAUUCUCUACGUAACGUUAUGGAAAUAGAAUAUUAAUACGCAUGAGUCGAAAAUAGCCGCGCGCCGCUCUCGCACUCUGGCGCGGUCGGUCGUCUUGGUCGUACUGCCGCUGCCUAUCCUCGUUAGGCUGCCGCGAGAAGAAUUUCACGCCACGCGCCGCGCGUAAUUUGUCCCGAUCGCGAAAUGCUCGCCAUUUAUCACCCAAGACUCAUUUCACUUUGCGUUUAACGACGAGAUGCAUCGUCUUUAUUGUCUCUGGGCCGCCGCUUUAUUGGCCGUAAAUCGGCGGCGCGUGUUGUGACACACGCAGGAAAUUUCGGUUGUCGUGCCAUGCCACAAAUCUGGAGUUGCCCAAGAAGAUCUGCAUUCACUGAAGAAGCUUCGCCUGCAGCCAGCCAGAAAGCCAUUUCAGCGAAAUUGCCAGCCACAGCAGCAGCAGCAGCAGCAGCACCUGUUUCUUGUGAUACGGAAAGGUUGGCCAAAUCUUUCUUGUGAGAAGCCAUGAUUUUUCUUAUAAACACAUGAAAACUAGUCAAUGUCCUCUAUGAGGUGGAUUUGUGCCUGAAUUUGAGCUCCAUAAAUGGUCAGCGAAAAGAAUGCCCAUUCUAAACACUACAGCAAUCAGCAUCUCGUUUAAACAAUAAUCGCCAACAAAAAAAAAAGUAAGAAGAAGAAGAAACCAAGGACACUCACACAACUUGAAAAACAACUCUGAAGCGAGGCGGGAAUGUAUUUCCACUAGUAUUGUGAUAAUCUUAGUUUUCCCGAUAUCUAUUUUGCAUAUACAAACAACAAUUUUUGUAUUGUGAUGACUUUCUGUAUAAGCUGCAUUUUUUAAAUUUUUAAGCAAGCCAUGCGAGUUUUUAUAAGUAUUUGUUACAACAAACAGCGCGGCGGCCACCACCUCUCUGAGUUUCACUGACUCGGAGACCUCAACACAACAAAACAAUCAACUGCAACUUUUUGUGUGACCAAAAACAGUUGUUGCAAGUGUCGGGAGCUCGACUAAGAAGACGACAACGAACAUGGCGAUGGUAAACAUGAACAAUCUCCUCAACGGAAAAGACUCGAGGUGGCUGCAGCUGGAAGUGUGCCGUGAGUUCCAGCGGAACAAGUGUUCAAGGCCGGACACCGAGUGCAAGUUCGCACACCCCCCUGCCAACGUGGAGGUCCAGAACGGGCGCGUCACCGCUUGCUACGAUUCAAUCAAGGGCCGAUGCAACCGGGAAAAGCCACCAUGCAAGUAUUUCCACCCUCCACAGCACCUGAAGGACCAACUCCUGAUCAACGGGCGCAACCACUUGGCACUGAAGAACGCCUUGAUGCAGCAAAUGGGGCUGGCCCCAGGACAGACCCUGGUGCCAGGACAGAUGCCUGCUUCAGCCGUGGCUGGUAAUGCUCCCUUCCUGGGUAUCCCUGCUCAGGUGGCUGCUGCAGGUUCCUUCUCCCCUUUUUAUACACCAGGUUCCUCUGUCCCCACUGGACUACUUCCUGUAAUACCUGCUGAUAACUCUGCCUCACAGUUGGCAGUCAUGCCUCAGGGCGUCACUGGUCAUCAAAAAUUAGCUCGAUCAGAUCGUCUUGAGGUGGACGUGAAGUCACUGGGCAAUUUUUACUACGACGCAUUUACCGGAAUGGCCGUUCCUUACAAGAGAGCAGCCACUGACAAGUCAGGUGUGCCUGUGUACCCGCAACCAAGUGGAAACACACUUCAACAAUUGAUGACCCUGCAACAGCAGCCUACUUCGUAUAUUCCUGUAACGUGUGAGUAUUCAAGCAGUACCGGUGGUACCACCAACCCGCAGGCCUCUUCCUCCCAUGUUACUACAACAAGCACCACUGCUUCUGCCUUGAUGAUCACAAACUCUAUGGCCUCUGUUUCCUCCUCCGCAUCCUUAACCCCUUCCGCAAGCACACCUACGUUGGCUACUAAUUUCCCUCUGGUCAACAAUACCGAUGGACCUGAAGAGAGUAAAAACCCCUCACCCUCACUGUUGCCUCAGUCUUUCAUUGAAAACAGUCUGCAACAGAAGCCAACGGAGAACGGAAACGACGAAACCGAAAACGAGAAAAACAACAAUGUAACAGAGACGUGCGACGUCUCUGCCUAUUACCAACCAAAAAUGUCACAGGCAAGCACAAUCACGAGCAUUGCGCCUUCCAUAAGUCCGAUGACUGCCUUGAAUUACACGGGGGUUGCUUUGAACAAGCAGAUGAUCAAUCAGACCGCCCGACUGCCGUUCCAGUCCAUGGCCGCCGGCAACCAGGCCGCGGCCGCGCAAAACGCCUUUUCGCAGCAACUGCUGAUGAGGGCCAACAUGAACGCGGCGGCGUCGGGCCAGUCGGCGGCGGCCGCAGCCGCUGCAGCCUCGCAACUCAUGCAGCCGACCAUGAACAUGUCCUACCUGAACCCGUUCAUGGCGGCCCAGCAGCAGCAGCAGCGGCUGAUGCUGUCGCCGCAGAUGCUGAGCCAGUUCGGGAUGAUGCAGCAGGUUUCGCAGCCGCAUGCACACCCCAGCUUCAUGCAGCAGGCCCAGCUGCACCACUACCACCCGUACGCGCUGCCCCUGGCGGCCGCCAGCGGCCAGCAGGCGGUCGGCUCCACGCCGCAGAGCGUGGCCGCCGCGGCCCUCUCCUACAAAAAGAUGAAGUCGAUCUAAUCGCUGGGUCCACUCCAAUCUUGCCCCGAGACUCGCUCGAGAAAAAAAGUCUUUGCAUUUGUGCCAUACUAUGGUGAACCAGGGGAGGCGGCGGAAGUUGAGUGGCUUUUCCAUUUUUUGGCUGACGAAGGCCUUUUAAUAGCCAGACCGAUGCAAAUACACAAAUUGUAUUUUCGUAUUUUGUGAAAAAAAAAAUAUAUGUGACACUCGCAUAUAUGCAACAGUACAAGGGAAUGUGAAUUGACAAAUUUAGUCGCAAAAUGCCAUGCCCCCGUCAACUCAAGCAUACUCGUUUAAUUUUUCUCCUCCUGUUUAGUUCCUGCCACUGGCUUGAAUCUACCCCUUCCCUUCACUGAAUCGAACAGAAACUUAGACUUUAGAAUGCUUUGAAUGUGCGUACGUAGAAGAUAAAGACAUAACCAAUAGCAGUUAGUAGUUCUCACAUUUACCCUAGCUCUAUCCUACUCGUGGAAAUGAAAUCCUAUUGAAAUGCGUGCAGUCGCAAACUAUUUACCUUCCAUUGUUAGUGCGCGCCUCAUCAACGCCCCCAUCCUUUUUACUAUUAGGUAACUCACAAAAUCCACUACUUUGAUUAUUUAGGGUUCAAAUUUAAUCAGUUUCUCUUCCCCUAGUUCCUCCUACUAGUCUAUUUAGGAAAGUAAUUUUGUGUUUUUAAUUUAAAUUGUCAAAUCGCGUCAUUUGCUGCCGUUUUAAAAUCACAUCCCUCUUCUUUUUUUACAUAAAAAAAAUUGCAUCAGUCCAAAUUAACCCAAAAAAAUACCUUACACAGGGUAGCUGUGAUAAUAAAAAGCGACUUCAACUGCAGUCUCGAAUCGAAAAAAGGGGAAAUUUGCUUUCAAGUACACAGUACACAUCAUCUGCUUUUUCACUGGACUCUUGAGCUUUCCCUUAAAAAUUUGUGCAACAAAAUGAGGCGGAUCCAAUGCUUGUGGAAGGUGGCUUUUGUUGGUGACACACUACUUGCUUGAUCGCUUGAAUUCCACAGACCGAUGUUCGACAGAUAGAAAUAAUUGUAUUUUAAUAAUAACAGCGGGCUAAGAAAUCUUUGUUAUCUGAAUUUCACACGCACUUCUAAUAUAACAUUCAGGAAAAGCAAAUUAACUCUCAAGAUGCAUUUAACGAGACAAAUUCCAAUGCGCACCAAUCACAUACUACUUUUGUUUUCUGCUAAUAAAUGCUUUUAACGAUGGUGUUUGACUAAGCAUUCGUUCAUCAAUUGAUUACCAAGAGAGCGCAAAACCCUGCAGAGCUUUUAAACAGAUUUGAUUUCUCACAAUGAAAUGAGCUGCAGAUAUAAAAGUGAAUCACUACUAAGAGAAGUAACCAGACAAGGCAGAUCUCGCAUAUUUUGCCUUGAAUGCUAAGUUGUAGCGACGAUGUGAAUUUUAGAAACUGAGUAAAAUUUUAUGUAUAUGGAUUAUAACAUUAUUGUUGUGUAGUCAUUAAAAAUUAUGUGAUAAAUUCUGUAAAAGAAUAUGCCGUCGGCGGCAUACUAAAAUCAUUACAAAAAUGAGCCAAGUUAAUUUUUCGAAUUUUUGUUGUUGGUAUGAAAAUUUUGAUUCACAUGUAAUGACGUUUGUUUAUCUUUUAAUUUUAUUCGUGAAAAGCUUGUUGCAUUUGUUGGUGUUAACACUAACUGAUAAUUAUUUUGUUUUGAUCUGGACAUGCUUUUUAUACAAGUAAAAAAGUGAUUGAACGUAACAAGAAUAAGUCACAGAAACGCAGAUAUAUUUUCUAAUACAGACCACAAAAAUCAAUUUUGAUACAUGAAAGAAAAAAAAAAUGAAAAUCGGUCACAAAUAUAAAGUAUUUCCAUACACUUUAGGCCUGACGCUUUGAUUUGUAUUGUUCCUACGUGAACUAUAUAUAUAUUGUAUUGUUAAAAAUGUCUCCUAGCAUUUUAAGUAUAAUCUACUAGUUAUAAUAACGAAUGAUUUUCACCCGUGAGGAGGCUUGCCGGGAGUUGCGAAGGGCGCGGCCAGUUUCAACAGACGCCAAAAUUUGCCUUAUAUUUUGUGACGCGACACGUCUUAUUUUUUACGACAAUAAUAGAGCAAAAUCUGAAACAGCCACUGAUGUCUGCCGUGAAACCGCGCUCUCGGACAGUGCCCGUCGCCAGCCUCCAACACUAAAGUAGCCAUUUCUCAAAUCAAUCUACACAGAUCGAGAUCCUGGAGAUCUCGCAAUACUCUAUGUUCAACAACAAUGAUGUGUGUGUACAUAUUAUAUUGAAACAGUUAAUAGAUGCAGAAGCAAAAAUUUGCCGUAGUUUAAUGUAGAGGAACAGAAAUUAAUUAAAACCGUAGGAUGGAAUACAAUGAAGAAACGCAUUCGAAUUACAAGUAAAGUAAAGUAAAAAAAAUCAUGUGCCUCUUGCCUUUUUUCAUUAAUUGAUACUGUCACAUGCGUAUAAUACUACCACGUACAGAUAUGACAUGAUGAUAACGUAUUAUUAAUAUUGUUUUAUUUUUACUCGUGUAAGGUAGUACAUAAUGGAAUAACCCUAAGGCCGAACGGCUGUCGUAUGGGGCUAUCUUGAAGAAUUGAUGUGAUGCAAGAGGAUUUGUUUGAAGAGAGCAUUUGGUUUUUCACUAAACUAGGCACCAAAACAAAUCCCACGUAUGGUCAAAAGUCUAUUCAUUUUAAGCUUAAACGCUGUUUCCUUUGGAAAUAUGUAUAUGCUGGGGACUUGAAUUUAUCAUUGGUAUAAGAAAAAACACUAAUGUGUUGGAAAAAAAGCGGCCCGCGCGGGCUAAUUUGAUUUCUAAUUUGUGACAGUGCCUUUUAUUUUGUGAUUGUUGAUUCAAAUAGGCUGCAAAACAUACAAACAGAUGUGAAAAGAUUUUGGAGGAGAGCAAAGUUCCUCGGAAAAUUCACACCACACAUCAUUUCAUACAACGCAAAGAAAUUUUGUAAAGAUUCGGAAUGUAAGGUCACUUGGAGUGUUUUGGGUCGGAUUUGAAAGAAAAAAAAAUGUACGACUCCGAGCGACCAGUUCAGGACUGUGAUAUCAGAGAGAAAUUUUUAAACACUUCUUUUCCAUUCCAAGAGGCGACCCCGCCCUAAAAUUUGUUAGUCGUAUUGUUUUUUUUGUUGAACAAGAAAAGGUUGAAAAAUGUCCCCUGCUCUAGACCUUAAAAAAAAACGAAUACAGAAUCCAUGUACUGCGACAUGACUGGAUCGAUUGAUGCUACACUUUGCUACCAGCUGCAUAGGCCACAUAAUUACAGUUGUUCAUGUAUUUGUAGAUCACGCUUUGCUAAAAAUUGGCACGAGUUCCACUCCUUGAAUUAGCUUUUCCCUAUUUAUAUAUGAUUGCUCUCACUUUGCCCUGAUUAAUUGCAUUUUGACGCACACCAAGGUCAAGCAAAACUACCCUUGUUUGUACAAGACCAAACCAGAACAGUCCUAAAAAGCUUCUUCUGCUCUAUAUAUGAUGCAAAAAAAAAUGAUACCAUGCAACCACAUUAUGACCACCGUUAUAGUUCGAGAAGAGUGUUUGUGAAAGCAGAAAAAAAUAUAUAUACAUUAUUAUAUACAAGUGCCUAUCUUAAAUAAUUAUUGUGAAAGUUCGUAUAUUCGAUGCAAUUAAGUUGUUGAGGCAAAGUGUUUGAUUUGUUUUAUUUUCUGAGCUAUUGCGUGUUGUUCCUGGUGCUUUAAGCUUUGUUGCAAGUGCAUGGGUGAGCCAAAAGGUUCAAGCAAGCUGCUUCCUUAGACGCACACAAAAUUACACGCGCGUUAGUGAGAGCGAGUCGGGGCCCGACUCGCUGCUGCUUUCCGAAAGGGCUGCUGGAGCGACUUUUGGCUCGUCCGCACUUGACCAUGUCUUGUAUCUCGUUUUUCCUUUUGGAUGGCCCCAGUAUUUUGGAAAUAAUAAUUGCCUGAUAUGCAUGAA